AAAGAAAAUGUUGUAUUAAAGACGAAAUGGAUGCAGGGAUGUCUUGAGGCAUUUGGGGCUCAAGCCCACUUAAUCUGUGAGGCUAUUCAGCGGAUAAAUGGGGGCAUUUAGCCGAACUCUCAACAAAACUGCUUCCUUCUGCCAUCCUGAAACUUUAGUCUGUGCUAGAACAUAACAAACACUUACUGCCUUAAGUUCACUAGUGGUGAAGAGUGGAGGCUGAAUAUGGAAAGCACAGCUGCAAAGAAUUGUUUUUUACAUAGGUUAGCUGGAGUUGUUGCUGUUACCAUGCCUGCUCCAAGUGUUGGCUUCUUUGGGACCAAAAUGAGCAAGGUUUCGGGGAGUAUAAGAAAACGAAAUGUUGGGUUGUCAGUGAGUGGGGGAAAUUUUAUAAAUAUGAGAUCUUUUGUUGUGGGGUCAAACCAAGUUGCUUCCUUGCAGAGUCAAAUGGGUUUUUGGGAGGAGCCUGAUGAUGGGAGUGAUAGCGAUGAGGAAGAGGAGGAUGAAGAAAUGGAAGAAAAUGAUUUGGAUUUUGAGAGUGAUUGGGAGGAAGAGAGAAGUGGUGUUGGUGCUGCUAUUAGGGCUGAUGUGUCUGCAACAAAUCAAUAUGAAGAGGAACUUGUGAAAGAGGUUGAACAACUUUUGACACCAGAACAAAGAGAACUUUUGCAACAAAACACCACUCCUAACCUGGGAAAAAUUACAACUGGAAAAUGGAGUCUGUUGCAUACAUUUGCACUAUCAGGGCAGAUACAUUUUAUGGACAAGCUACUUGACAAUGGCUUCGAUAUUGAUACUGUAGACAAGGAUGGUCUCACUGCUCUUCAUAAAGCAAUUAUUGGUAAAAAGGAGGCUGUAAUUAGUCAUCUUUUAAGGAAAGGUGCUAGCCCACAUGUGAAAGAUCAGGACGGUGCUACUCCCCUUCAUUAUGCAGUUCAGGUUGGUGCCGUGCAAACUGUGAAGUUAUUGAUCAAGUAUGAGGUUGAUGUCAAUGUUGCAGAUAAUGAGGGAUGGACUCCGUUGCACAUUGCCAUACAAAGUAGGAACAGAGACAUAGCAAAAGUAUUGUUGAUCAAUGGUGCUGAUAAGACGAGAAAAACCAUGGAUGGGAAGACAGCUCUGGACAUGAGCUUAUGUUAUGGGAAGACCUUCAAGUCUUAUGACCUUGCCAAACUACUAAAAAUCUUACCACUUGAGAGAGACCUAUAGUUCAGAGUCAACAUCAAGCAACCCUCAUCUCCAAAUUGGAGCUUGCAGCGAAACCAAAUUAUCUACUGCUUUGUGCAAGCAUAUCCUGCAUUUAAAGAUGGUGCAAGCCUGUUUUCAACCAUGUCUCAAGCUUCAAGGGAGUCAGGAGACGAAAUGUAGACUAUGCCUAGCUAAGUAAAUGUAGUUGAAGAUUGGUGAAAUGCAGAAACCAUUGGUAAAAAUGCAGAAACCUGGAAGAGACGUGGAAGUUUUGUUAUACUAGUCAUGGAAUCAAGCUUGAAUGCUUAAUGGGCUUACGCAAAUGUUCUCCAACCUGCCAGAUAUAGACUACAGUUGAUAUAAUAGCAAUGUAUUUGAAGAACAGUUGCCUUAUUUUCUGUAAUGUCUCUUUCAAGGAAUGUUAGACAUUACUAAUUAACUCA